AUGGCCGAUCAUCUGAGUCUAUGUACCGAUCGUCUCAUAACGGCUGAGAGCCUGAACUCACAAAAAGAUUCAGAGUCCUCAGAUUCUUCUUCUGGGGAAAGCUCGAGGCCUCAAGUCACAGACUUGGCUUCUUCGUCUGUGGAUGAAGCUGAGGAAGCGAGGGAGUACUAUGGUGUUGCGGAAGAGGAACCGUUUCUCCAAUCUGUUGAGUGCCGUAUUUGCCAGGAGGAAGAUACCACUAAGAACUUGGAAGCUCCCUGUGCUUGUAAUGGCAGUUUGAAGUAUGCUCAUCGCAAGUGUGUUCAGCGUUGGUGUAAUGAGAAAGGCGACAUAACCUGCGAAAUAUGCCACCAGCCUUAUCAACAUGGAUAUACAGCACCUCCUCCUCCUCCUCCUGAUGAAACUAUAAUUCACAUUGGUGACGAUUGGGAGAACGGAGUUCCCUUGGACUUGAGCGAUCCACGGAUUCUGGCAAUGGCUGCAGCAGAGCGCCGUUUCUUGGAAGCAGACUAUGACGAGUACUCCGAGUCUAACUCAAGCGGAGCCGCCUUCUGUCGCUCUGCUGCUCUCAUCCUAAUGGCACUUUUACUAUUACGAGACGCGCUAAACCUCACAACUAACUCAGAUGACGAGGACGAUCCUACUGCCUUCUUCUCUCUUUUCCUUCUUCGCGCCGCCGGUUUUCUCCUCCCUUGUUACAUCAUGGCAUGGGCCAUUGGUAUACUACAACGUCGCAGGCAAAGACAGGAAGCAGCGGCUCUAGCUGCCGCGGAAGUUGCCUUCAUGAUACACGGUGGUGGUGUGCCUCAACGCAGGGGACUUCACUUUGCCGUUGCACCGGAGCAGCCGAUAUCAAACCCAACAUUAGUCUGA